CCGGGAUGUUGUACUGCCCACAGGCUCGAGGACAAAAACAAUCGGCAUCCCUCUGACAGCGCAGUAAAAACAAGGAGAUCCAGACCAAUUUGGGGAAAACGGUUAGAUAUCUUUAAACCGUCUUUAACCGACACGACAGCGAAGAGGGAGAAAUGGUGUCUCCGUCAACAGUAGUCAAGAGCGAAGGACCCAAACUGGUGCCUUUCUUUAAGGCAACCUGUGUUUACUUUGUCCUUUGGCUGCCCACCUCCAGCCCAUCCUGGUUCAGCGCUCUCAUCAAAUGUCUACCCAUCUUUUGCCUGUGGGUCUUUCUGCUGGCUCAUGGAUUCAGCUUCCUCUGUGAUCACUCCAGCGCCCGUAAGAUUUUGGCUGGUCUCAUCUUUUCGGCUCUGGGGGAUGCCUUUCUCAUCUGGCAGGAGCAGGGCUACUUCGUCCAUGGUCUUCUUAUGUUCGCCAUCACCCACAUUCUGUAUUCGUCUGCCUUUGGGAUGAAGCCGAUCAAUGUGCAGGCUGGCCUGGUGAUCACCGCUGUGUCCUCCCUGUGUUACCUCCUGCUGUACCCAUACCUGUCCGGCCCCUUCACCUACCUGGUGGCCGUCUACAUCGCUCUGAUCGGCUUCAUGGGCUGGAGAGCCAUAGCAGGCUUGCAGCUGGCCAACGACCUCUGGACCUGGACCAAGCUGUCGGCCUGCCUGGGCGCCGUCCUCUUCAUGGUCUCUGACCUCACCAUUGCCGUCAACAAGUUCUGCUUCCCUGUGCCCCAUUCCCGAGCCAUCAUCAUGGCCACCUACUACGCCGCACAGAUGCUCAUAGCCCUGUCGGUGGUCGAGUGUCAGGAUGUGGAGGUGUCCCGGAAGAGAACAUGAAGUGUUGUGGUUUCUGGAAAGUACAAGGCUGUAGAGGUGGUUCCAACUCCAGCCUUGAGUGGCUGUGGACAUCCCUCACUGCUAAAUCCCAAACCCCCAUCCUUCAUCUCCAUAUGGCUCUCCCACAUGACUGUCAUCAUGCCGACUGAUCCUCUCCACAACACUCCCUCCUCAAUCUCACUAGUAUGGUAGUCUCAUAUGUAUCUCCUUUUAGAGAAGAUACAGUUGUAUUAUUUUCAGCUUCUCCUGAGUGCAAUCGAACUUAGAAAAAAAAACUUGGUAUCAAACCAAGUUACAGAGGAGAGUUGUAGAGUUACUAACCUAUAGGAAGCAUUAAUAUAGUCGUGAUUGGUUUGAUUUCAGAUGAGCACCUUCAAGCAGUUUGCAUGAGACUUGUUUUCUGUGAGCGUGUCUGUACAGUUUGGCGACUGAUUGAAACUCUUACCUCACUUUCCACACAGUGCUCCGACGCACAGACACACCGUCACACAUUUGUACUCUGAGUGGUCCAUUAACACAGUUUAGCAGUUCAUUUGUGUAUUUUAAUUUUUGCUUUAUUGCAUGCAUAAUUCUUUCAAAAGGGAUAUUUUUAUACAAACCAUCCAUGCCGCACUUCAUUAAGGGUGCUAAUUAGCGCUAAGACGAUGUUCCUACCUUUUUAUUUAAUUAUUUGCAGUCCAUUUCAUUUCAUUUGCAGAAGCUUCUCUUCUUUUCUUCUUUAGACUCCUGAGUUUGCUUUAAUGAAUGGAAUAUUUAUUUAACUUUUGAAGAUUUCUUUGAAUAACUAGAUGAAUAUAGAGGACUUGAAAGCAGCUAAACGGCUGCAAGACUAAGAAAAAAAUAGCAUUUUAGACAUUGGACGCCUCCUUAAGGAGCAGGGGAAGUUUUGGAAACCUAAUCGUUCAGAUUUUAGUUCUAACUGACUUUUGUUUUGAUCCUCUUGGUGUAACGUGUUGUUCUCUAUACCUUCGUCACCUUUUGGUGUUAUACAUUCAAUAGCACCAUACCCUGCACCUAACACCUCCUCCUAGUUUAGUUAUUAGGAAAGUUCAUAGGGGGUCUUAUUGUUUGAGUCAAUCAGCUGACGUGCUGUUAAAGACCGUGUUAUGAAAACAGCAGAAGAAAGGGCUUUGUUGAUGGCUGGACUCAUUUUGUUGAUAUACUCUGCAGGCAGAGUCUCCAACUCUGAAGGCAUUCACUCACUCGGAACAACGCGCACACAGAUUUAUGCAAUGCAACAAACAGAGCCAGCCAGCUUGGGAAAAACAAGGAGACAAGAGAAAGCGUCUUGUGAUGCAAGGGAACAGCCAUGCCAUUAUUCCCCAUUAUUCCUUCUCAAAGGACAUUUGGGAAAAAUCCACUGCAGGUUAUCCUCGACUAGUCCGGUCUAUUUUUUUUUUUUUUUUUUUUUGUGUGUGUGUGUCCUUGGAUCCUGCUGCUGUUUCUUUCCAUUCAUGUUACUUUGAAGUGUCUUACUGAACUAGGUACAUUUUUGUAUGCUUUUUGUUUUUAGUGUGCUUGUUUUUAUGUUAACUGUUGAGUGGAGGUCAGACCCUGCUCCAGGCCAGAUACGCUGCACCCCAAAGUUAAUAUUACACGGACACAUGUUCAUGUGUUCAUAUAGAAGCUUUUAAAACCUCCUUUAUACUAACUCCUCUUUAGAACUGCAACUCUAUUAUAUAAGUCGUAGCAAAUGUCAGUUUAUUUUAGCUUUGGUUGAGCAGAUCCAAACUGACUCUUGACUUUCCUAUUACUUGGCACUCUUUUCUUUACCUUCCUGCAGCUUGAAAAAAUAUUCAUCAGUAUCCUUUGACCUUUUUCACAUUUUGCAGUGAGAGACUAACACAAAGUCGAUCAUAUGUAUGUCUUCUGGGGUUUUCCUCUUUGAGUUUUGCACAUCAGAAGCUGGAAAUGUAUCUCCAUUUGUCCUUUAAAAUAGCUGAAGCUCAGUUACAUUAGUUGAAGACCAUCUGUCUAAAUCCAUUGUCUGCAACAGAUUUGGUUUACUGCAGAAAAGUUAGUGGACCAUUGUAAGCUUUAAAUAAGCUCUGGUUUGAAGCAUUCCAUCAAAGCUCUGGCUGAAAGAUUAAGGCCUUUGCUCUUAGAAUAUGUUACCCUCUGACCAAGUCACAGGUCUUUUUCGACUUCUGCGAGAUUUUCCUCCAAAUUAUUCCUUUAUUUAGCUCCAACCAUCUCCCCAUCAAUUUUGACCGACUGCCUUCUCCCUCUGGAAAUAAGAAAAACAUCCCACAGCAUGAUACUUGCAGCCCUUUGUAGAUGAUGUCAUUUCAAUGUUAACUUCAGCUCUAGUUUUCGACCUCGCAUCACAUUUUGCACAUGUUUCAUUCAGCUAUGGAUUUAUCUUACCAGAACACCUUUUUCCAAGUAUUUGCUGUGUCCUACAGAUUGCUUUUGGCACAUUACCGGGAUUUUUAUAAUUUAUUAUUGAUAUUCUAUUUAACCCGGCUAGAUGUCUUUAUUUAAUUUCCAAGUGAGAUUAACAAAGCACUUUUUGAAUUAGGUUAAAUUUUAAUGAGUUAGUUGAGAGCUCAAUCGAUUGUUUUCCUGUCAGGGGGUUGUAGAUCUUUGCAGCUCCUCCAGAGCUAUCAUGGCUGCUUUCUUUAAUUAAAUGUCCUUUCUGCUGGCCUGUCAGUGUAGCUGAACAGCCAUAUCUUAAAACCACUCCUGUUCUAUAAUUUACUUUUAUUUUCAGUGAAAGGUUCAAAUCUUGAGAUAAUGCCAUUUUCUUCCUAACCCUUCUUUAAACAUUUCCAUGUACUUUGCGCUGAUCUCUCAUAAAAUCCCAGUUAAUAAUUCUAGGUUUUAUGGUUUUAACAUAAAAAAAAAAAAAGUUAAAAGGGUAUGAAUAGGCCUGUCAGUCAGCACAUAUAUCUUAGUGGAACUGAUAAUCCCACUUAUUUUCAAUCUGGACAUUUUUAUGCCCAAUCAGAGUAUCAUUUUUAUGAGGGAUCAUGUUAUCUUUAGAAAACAGCGGAUAAGGAUGGCUGAGAUGGAAAAACCCAUAUAAAGGUUGUUUAUGCUUUGAACAGACAUGGAAAGUUGCUUUUCCUUAUUCUGGGUCACUGACCCACACAGCUACCACUAUCCCUAAAAACACACACACAUUACAUCAAAAUAUAUUUGCAUCACAUGAGCCAACCGCAGCGAGAUCUGCAGGCAGGUCAUGCUUUUCCAUUUGACCGAGAAAAACAUCAACUCCCAGCAGGCAUUUCACAUCACUUUAUCAGAGUUCCUCAAUUGCCUCGUCGCGUCAGUACUUAAGUCAGCACUAUCUUUCUCUUUUGACAUGUGAGCACCAGUUCUCUGUUUUGUGUUUUCGGUUAACCCUCCCAGCACUACAAAGGUUUUUUUUAGAAUAUUUUCCACUGCAGGGAAUUUUGUUUUUUCUGCUUAAAAGCCCUCAAACCUACUGUCUCCUAAUGAGACAGAGUAAGUAAAGUGAAGAAAAUGGAAAACACAGAUGAUUCCAGUAUAUAGCUUUGAGUCAAACCAAGAGGGGGAUGGCAACAUUCAGUCAGGCAGUCUUAUUUAUCCACAGUGUGUGGGCAAUUUACGUAAGCACUGCUCCUUUGCACGGAGCCAGAAAAAGCCUUCUGACUUUUGGAGGCAGGAUUUACUAAAGUAUUUUUGAAAUAUCCUUUAAAAAGAAGAAAAGUAUUUGAGGAGAGGUUUGGACACAUUUGUUUAAGCUGUAUUAAAAGUAUUUUACUUUUUUCCUAUUUUGAUUUGAACUCCUUGGACCUUCUUACGUUUGUCAUAAAUACCACAAACGUCAAUCUGUUUUAAGGGGGUUUCACUGCUAAACAACUUCUAUGUAGUGGAUAGUUAAAAAUGUAAAGAAAAAAUAGGCUGGAUUUUCCUCUAUCCUUACAAUAAAAAGAUGGCCAGUCAUUAUUAUGUAAAAUCCCCUUUCCCUUUGAGAACCGCAGCAGGUUUUGCGGGUAUGCCUUGAGAGAAGCUGUAAUUGGCUAUCAUUUAUUUCCAUCCAUAUCCUCAUCAAUCCAGAUUCCUCACUGACCUGCUGAUAAAAAGCAUCCCCAUGGCCUAACUUUGCCAUCAACAUGUUUCACGCCGGUUCAGGCUUUUGCUUGUCGAUCAAAAAGGUUAUGUUCUCUCUUAUUUUGCCAGAGCUAGUGGAAAACUGUGGCUUUCUUUCAACAUUUCAAUAAUUUGGCAAGUGUUCCAUAAUAGCUGGAUUGAUGUGCUUCACAACUAGCUGUCUUUGCAACAGGCUCCUCCGCCUGAGCUCCAACCCCUUGGUUGUUUGUCUGAAAAUGCUACUCUUGCUCAACGCUGCCAUGCUUUGCAAGUUUGAAGUUUUAUACACUAAUAUUACCCACACUCUGGUAUAGACCUAUCCACACCUUUUUUCUUGACUUGUCCAGUGUGCUCCAUGAUACUCAUGAUUAUGUUUGUUCUCUAAUGAUUUCUAAAAAUCUUCAAGGCCUUUAGAUUAAGAUAUACUGUUUAGGAUUACAGUGUAAUAGCACAUAGAGUGGCUCUAUUUACUAAUAAGAUUAUCUCCAAGGGAGUUCAUUAGAAAGGAUUCUUUUUUGAGGUAAAAGCGGCUGAAUGCAUAUGCUUGCCACACUUUUCAGAAACAAUCAUUUUCUUUCCUCUGCAGACUUCUGACUUACUUUGUAUCGGUCUAUAACUUUUGAUCUCAAUUAAGUAAACUGGUUUCUUAUUGUAAUCUAGCAAACCUUGAGAUUGUUUAAAUUGGUAAUACAACUUUUGUAAUAUUAUAAAAUCAUAUAUUACAUUAUAUAGUAAUAGGAAGCUAUUUAAAGGACUGGAUGUGACGUAUCAAACACCCCUUUGUCUCUGGCUUAGUGUUUCGCAGCCAGCCGUGCCUUUCCCCAGAGAUGUUAUUGUCAAGCGAUAUUCCACCUAAAAUAAGGGGAGGCGCUGAAAUAUGACACACAGCAGGAAGAGUCGACCCACCCCAACCCCCAAUCUAUCAGGUUAGCUCCCAUCCUGUUUCCCCACAGGUGGCAGACCAGCAGGCGCAUCACUUUACCUGCUCUGUCAACAACCCCGUUGUUCUUAGCUUUGCAUGCGCAGACAAAAGGAGACCUGGGAGAGCAGCGACGCUUCGUUCUUCACGGCUUGAAUUAAGCUGGAACCAGUUGCUGGUAUAUUAUAAAAACCAGCUGGCACUUUCCUUUGAGUUUUUAUCCCUCUUUUGUAUUCUAUAUUUGAAUAUUUCUUUUUUUUGAUCUGUAAUUUGAAACAUUUGCUGUCAAUGCGCUGUUCUUAUGAUUAUCAGCAGGUGACAUUCAACGCACAAAGCUGUAAAGUUAAUAUCUUUAAAGAGGUAUGACGGAUCGAUUUAAACACCCACAGGUUUUAUGAUGGUAGUUCUCCAGCACCAGGAACAUUUAUGAGAAGUAUGUAAAUUACCGCCUUCUCUUUGUAUUUAACCUGCAGUGUGCUGCACUUUUCCAUACCCAAAGUAAGGCCAGUCAGUCUUCGAAGCUCACCCACCGUAAAACAAGACCUGUUGUGUACUGUACCUCAUCAGUUUGAAGUAUAUGCUAUGUUGUACUUUAAAAAAAAAAAAAAAAAGAGAAAUUAUUUUCAUAAACAGUGAUUCCUUUCCUUUGAAGUGUUAUCAGCCUUGAUGUAUACGUCUUUCUUUGAGGUAUUAUCCUUGAGAAUCCAAAAGACUAAUUUCAGCAUUUUAUUCCUCAAAAAGACAUUUAGUCAUUAAAGCACAUAAACAUGCAUCAGUUGUUACAGUUUAUCAUGUCCUUGAUUUUCAGUUUGUGAUUGAUUUUUCCCUCGACUGUGGAGGUGAUAUAAUUUCUUUGCUGUAGUGAAACUGCAAUGAAUGUGAAUAUCUAUUGGAAAAAAUAAAUGCAAUUGCAAUGCAACUUUA